AGCCACCAAUAUGGAAAGACUUCCGGACGAAGUGUCAAAACCACUUUUUCUAAGUAUUGAUGUCUUAAGCCGGUCUAAUUUUCAAAUAUGGAAUCAUUAUUCCACUUGGAAAAAAAUACAUAUUUUUUACAUGAUACCAUGUGUUAUAGUUUUCUUUAUAGGCAACGCUCUGUAUACAAUUAACAUGUUUUCGAGGGAUGUUUCACUAUCGGAGGUUGCGUACCAGAUUUCGAUUUUCUUGAUUAUUAUACAAGCUACAGUCAAAGGAAUACUACUCAUACCGAAAAAAAAGAAAAUCGCUGAACUUAUUGAGAAACUGGGCGCAACUUGGACUAAAGGCAAUCUAAACGAACAACAAAUCCGCAGUAAGAAAUUUAUAUUCAAACGAAUGGAUUUUUGCCUUAAAAUAUAUUAUUGGGGUAGUAUGCUGGCCUGCUGGAAUAUUGAGCUUGCACCAGCCCUGGUGACAAUAGUCAAACUUGCGAUGGGGGAAAACACAAUCCUGCUAUUGCCGUUUGGCGUGGCUUUGCCUUUCGAUCCACGAAAAGAUUGGAUCACCUACAUUUUAGUUUAUGUUUAUGAGAUGUACUCAGCUUUUCGCUAUACAUAUGUCUAUAUAGGGAUUGAAAUCCUGAUGGUCACUCUAUGUGCCCUCCUUAGUGCUGAAUUUGCAAUUCUGAGAGAUGAUUUUAGACAAAUUGAACCCGAAUCAGAAGAAACAAAUAAUACUGCACUAAAAAAUCUUGUUCAGAAACAUCAACAGCUCUUGAUGUACACGCAAUUGCUUGAUGCAAUUUUCAAUAAAAUUUUAUUUUUCGAUUUACUAUUUGUAACUGGUAUAAUGUGUCUCUUCGGAUUUGGUGCUACCGUGGCGGGGGGAGUUGUGGAGCUUGUAAACGAUUUCUUCUCCGUCAUUGCGUUAUUACUCCCCGUAUUAAUCUUUUGCUAUUUUAGUGAACAAGUGAAAGAAGAGUGCGUUGGUAUUGCCGAAGCGGCAUAUGAUAACAAAUGGUACCAAGGCAGCGAAAGCUAUAAAAGGAUAAUUCGUUUCGUCAUUAUAAGGGCUCAAGAACCUUGUUGUUUAACAUCUAUGGGAUAUGCCCCGAUAACACUGAACACAUUUUCGCGGGUAGUGAGUACAACGUGGUCUUAUUUUUCUUUAAUAAGAACCGUUUUUAGUGAAGAUUGAUUUAAUAAAACAGUUGUAUUCAUAUUAAAAGUAGUGAUUAUAUCUGUCGUGGCCAUGGUAUAAACCUUUGUGAC